CAUAAAAUUACAGCGGAUAACAACCGAGUGCGAAAGAAAACACAAUUUCCUAAUCAAAAAUUAUCAUCAGCUGGGUAUAUAUGUGCUGUAUAUCAUCGUUCUUAUGUAUCACUUGUUCAAUUAUAUAAAACGAGACUAUUGCACGUAUUUCCAAUUCAAAUCGCUAGAAGAAAGCAAGGAGGCAAGUGAUCUAGUCCGACACAAGUGAUUGGUUGAAAAAAAUCUUUGUGCUUUUAAGUAUGAAAAAAGUUUACAAUUUUCUGUGAAUAAGUCGUUUUCGUUUAUAUACCUUUGUACGGUUGUAAUUGGUCGUAUUGGUUGUAUUUUUUUUGUUUUUCUUUUUGUUGACUAAAUUUGACCAAAUUAGUAAUGGCAUCAAACAACGUUUACGCUGGUGAAUCAAUGAACAAAACUGACACAAUUAAGCUUAGAAACAGGCACAUUGGAAAGUCGUGCCAGUUGUUCUACCGUUCCGAUCCACUUAAAAUCAUUCGUGGUGAGGGACAGUAUAUGUUUGAUGAAGAAGGAACUCGAUACUUAGAUUGCAUAAACAAUGUGGCCCAUGUCGGUCAUUGCCAUCCAAAAGUUGUCGAAGCGGCCCGUGCUCAAAUCGGACUUAUAUCGACUAACAAUCGGUUUUUGCACGAUGAACUGGUCAAGUGCGCCCAGAAGCUAACCAGUAAAAUGCCUGGUGAUCUAUCGGUUUGUUUUUUCGUCAAUUCGGGGUCGGAAGCAAAUGAUUUGGCACUUCGACUAGCCAGAUAUUACACGAACAGCAAGGAUGUUAUCACAUUGGAUCAUGCUUAUCACGGUCAUCUCACAUCUGUUAUGGAAAUAUCUCCAUACAAGUUUAAUAAACCUGGAGGGGAUCCGAAACCAGAUUUCGUGCAUGUGGCAUCCUGUCCGGAUACAUAUCGUGGUCGGUAUAAUGACAAAACUCACCCUAAUCAAGAUCUGUGCGCUUUGUACACAAACGAAGUUGAUGAAAUAAUAAAAAAUAUUCAGUCGAAUGGGAAAGGUGUAGCGGCUUUUAUCGCCGAAAGUCUACAGAGCUGUGGUGGCCAGGUGAUUCCUCCAGCUGGAUACUUUGAACGCAUUUACAGAUUAGUUCGCGAUGCGGGUGGUGUUACAAUAGCCGAUGAAGUUCAGGUCGGUUUCGGACGGGUUGGAUCACAUUAUUUUGCGUUCGAGACUCAACAUGUCAUUCCGGACAUAGUUACUGUAGCCAAGCCAAUGGGUAAUGGUCACCCUGUAGGGGCAGUAGUAACAACGCCAAAAAUUGCGGAACGAUUCGCCACCAGUGGCAUUGCUUAUUUCAAUACAUACGGUGGUAAUCCCGUGUCUUGUGCCAUAGCCAAUGCCGUCAUAAAUGUGAUUGAUGAUGAGAAAUUACAGGAAAAUGCUCUACAUGUCGGACAGUUUCUGUUGGAAAAGAGUCUGUUGCUGAAACAUGACUUUGAAAUGGUUGGUGAUGUUCGCGGAACGGGACUCUUUAUUGGUAUUGAAUUGGUAAAAAGUAAAGAAUGCCGAAAACCAGCUACAGCCGAAGCUAACGCAAUCGUUGAUCGAAUGAAAAAUGUGCAUCACAUUUUGAUCAGUUCAGAUGGUCCCGAUGAUAAUGUGUUGAAACUAAAACCUCCGAUGGUCUUCAACAAAGAUAAUGCCAAAGAAUUUUUGAUGGCGGUGCGCGAGUGUCUGGGUCAAUAUCAAUCUAACACUGAGAAGAAACCCGUGAUAACCGCGCAAACCAAUGGUAUAUGCAAUUUACCAUCCAAUAAUAAAUUUGCUGAGAAAAAGGAAAUUUUAGUGAAGUGAUUCAUUGGAGAAGACAGUACAAAAAUAAAAACAGAAAAAUUUUUACGUUAAGAAUUAGACUAAGUGCAUUUUCAUGGUAAAUAGUUCGUUCUAGAAUUCUAUUUUGAAAUAAAAGAAAUAAUCCCAAGUUGGUUAGAG